UGUAAUUUGACAAAAUUAAUGAACAGAUUCAAUAUUGCUAUUCAUGUAUGUUGUUUCUUGUUGUGAAUAUGAAUUUUAAAUCAAGAAAUUAUUAGUGUAGUGAUGUUUGAUAUAACGGAUCAGUUGAGUUCCUUUUUAUUUAACAUUAGUUCUGCAUUUGUCAAAUUGUACUACUAUUAUAGUGAAAGAACAUGAAUGGGGUCAAUCGAAUGUAUUUGAAAAGAAAUUACAGAACAUUUCACUAAAAUCUGAGAACUAUAUAAUCAAUAGUUAAUUUGCAAAAUAUCAAUCUAUUGUCUCAGAUUUCAUUGUUCAUACAUUUUCAUACCAAUUGCGUUCCGUUUCCGUUCUUUCCUUAUUGAUCUUUUGCUGAAAUACAUUCUAUGCCUGACUACAGUUACAUACUGCUUAUAUGGAUAUAAGUAACCCACACCUCGCUAUACUGCUGCUGCUAUGAACGAGAAUUCAGGUGGGGGAAGACAGAAUUCUUUGGUAAAAUAUAAAAAAUCAAUUGUUUCUUAAAAACUCCGCCGUCCCUUCAUUUCUUUUGUUAUUACAAUUACUUUCUGUUUAUAUUCUUGUUCUCUUUAAUUUAAUCUUCUCAACCUUCUGUUGUCAUGUACUUCACUUCUGAUUGGUGUUACAUAACAUUUAUAUCUGUCAACAUAAGUAGCAAAUACCAUACUGCUACCAUCAUAAAGUGAAUUUUCCAUUUAUAAAGCACUUCGUUGAUUUGUAUUUAUAUAAACUAUCGAUUUAUAGAAUUUAUCAAAAUUAAAUAGUUACCAGCUUAUUAUUUUUUUUAAAACUUUGUUCUUUUCAAAACAGUCGUAAUAAGAUUCAAUUUUUAAUGAAUGUUAGAUUAACUAUGAUGUACAUAUAUGUGUACUUAUGUGAAAUUUAACCAAGAUAGUCAACUCGGUCAGUAGAAUCUCAUAGCACACAUAAGUAAUGCUUCAUUAGAUCCUCGAAAAAUAAUGGAACAUAAUACUAAUCUUCAAAAGAUUUUAAAAAUAUUAGCUUUAAUUAUUUUGGUGAUCAGUUUUAUUGGACUAAUAAUUAUCAUUGUCUUGUAUAUUAUAAGUCAUAACAUUCCAGAUGUGUAUUCAGUAGUGAUUGAUGCAGGAUCAACUUCUUCAAAACUUCAUUUGUAUAAAUGGAUCGAUGAACCAUUUCGAUCAAAUGGAAAAGUUGACGAAGUAACUAAUGAAAAAGUUUCUCCUGGCAUAUCAGCUUAUAUUCAUGAACCAAUUAAAGCUUAUGAAACAUUAAAACCGAAACUUUCUAAAUUAACAGCUAGUUUAACAGUUGAACAAAAAAAGCGUACACCAGUUUAUUUAGCUGCAACUGCUGGUAUGCGAUUAAAAUUAAUUGAAGAUCCGUUAGGAAGUUUAGAUUUAUUCUCAGUACUUCGUCAUUAUUUUAAACAGUCUGGUUUUCAAAUUGAAACACCAAAUGAACGUAUUCGUUUAUUGUAUGGAUCAGAAGAAGGACUUUAUGGUUGGGUAUCAGUGAAUUAUAUUUUAGGUAAUAUUAAAGAAGGUAAACAAACAAAUCCUACUGAUACAGUUGGUUCUUUGGAUCUUGGUGGAGCUAGUACACAAAUUGCAUUUGUUCCUAAACAAUAUUCAACUAUACCAAAAGAACAUUUAAAUUUUUAUCCACUCCGAUUAUAUGGAAAUGAUUUUUCAGUAUAUAGUUAUAGUUUCUUAUGCUAUGGAAAAUCGGAGUUUGAAAGACGUUUAAUGACUUCCAUUGCAGCACAAUUUCCUGUACAAAAUGAAAUUCCUAAUCCAUGUUUUCUUCAAGGCUAUAAAUCAGAUUUGUACAAUGCACUUGAGUGGUUCACUGGAAGUUGUUUAUCUGGAACUUAUGCAAAGAAAACAUUUUCUGAAGAAAUUUUCCGACCUUCUAAUAUGAAUAGUUUUUCAUUUGAUGGUACAGGACAACCUAAUGAAUGUGUCAAUUAUAUUCAAAAACAUUUUCAAACGAAAUGCAAUUUUUCAUCAUGUUCAUUCAACAAUGUUUUUCAACCAGUUCCAUUUGGAAAGUUUUUGGCAUAUUCUGGAUUUUCUUAUGUGAUGCAGUAUUUAUUUCCUAACAAGAAGACAGGACUUACACUAACAGAAGUUACUGAAGCUGUUACGAAUUUUUGCAAAAAACCAUGGAAAGAUGUGGCUAAAAUUACAAAACCAUCUGACUAUGGAUUUACUGCUAAAUAUUGUUUUGAUGGUUUAUAUAUUAUUCAAUUAUUGAAAAUGUAUGGUUUUACUACGGAUGAAUUAUGGAAAACACUUACAUUUGAUUCGAAAGUUAGUGAUAAAUCAGUUAGCUGGGCAUUAGGCUACAUGUUAGAUCAAUCUGGUCAUUUACCAAGUGAAAGUCCAAAAGUUUCUUUCAGUACAAAAUUAUUUGUUGGUCUAUUUAUUCUACUACUUCUAUUCAUCAUCGGUUCAAUUAUUGGACUAUUACUAAUUAGAAACUUUUUGUCCAAAUCGAAAAAGUCAUCUAGUCAGGUAUAAAUUAUGUGUAAACAACAAAAAUAACUAUCAUCAAUCCAUAAAUUCCAUUUUACAAUCUAUUGUGUAAUACAUCAACUAAUCAGUAUCUUUUCUUUAAUCUUCGGUUUAAUUCCACAUAUUUCCCUUCUCUCUCUAUCUCUCUCUUUAUGUAUAGUAGUAAAACAAAAAAGCUAGAAGGAAAUAAAAUCAUAAUUACAGUUUAAUACCUUCAUUGGAUUUCGAAAAUAACUGACAACAACAACAACAAAUAAAUAGGCAAUACAUUUUGUUGCCAAGUAAUAAUAAUAAUAAUGAUAAUAGUAACAAUCAUAUGCAGCAUACUAAGAACAAAAAAACGCACAAGAAUUCCAGUAAUCAUUAAAAAUGAUUUUAAAGUUUUCACAGUUCUAUCUUCUUUGCAUUUUAUCUGUUAUACAAACAAUUCUAUGAACAAACUAACUGCAAAAUAAUAAUUUUGCUACUUUUUUAUACGUAACAACGUGUCUUUAAAACAAUUAAAUAAAUAAACCAUGGUAAUUUUCCUCCCCCCCCCACUUGUUUUGUUAACUUAGGAUAUUUUUUAUCGUUUUGUGUUGUUAAAUUGUGUAAUUCUUUUUUUUUCAAUAUCAAUAUUCUUUUCCCAGACUUAAGUGGCCAAUCAUAACUAUGUAUUUUGGUGUGCGUGUGUGUGUGUUUUAUUUUUUUAUGUGUUUAUCUAACCAUAUUAUAUAUAUAUACACGUAAGUUGUGUAUUC